UGGGAAUUUGGCAGCCGUCGCGGAGGGGUUCAGUUCAGACUCCGAAGGCAAGGCAGGAGCGGGAGCGGAGCGAGGCGGCCAUGGCGGAGCUCGCUGCGGACCAGCACGUCCGCUACAUCGUCACCGUGGGGAAGAUCUUGAAUUGGGUUCACACUGUUGGAGUAUCGGGGAGAUUACAACUUGGGGCCGGCCCGAUCGACGGCGACGCUGGGGCGAGCAGCGGCGUGGGGUGGAUCUGCACGGUGCUGCGGAGAUGAGCGGCCGGUGUGGUGGCUGCCUCUUCUACGGGCGGCUCGUUGCCCCGCAGCUCUCGGCCUCACAGCUCCUGCUCUUCUAGCGGCGCCUGCGAUGCCUCUCUAGUCAGAAUGCAUGGCGCGCGGGCGAGGCUCACGAGGUCAGCGUCACAGAGGCGGCGCGAAGGACGCCCAAGCGAUAGGCUGGCGCUUGUUGCAGGCCACACCGCCGGAUCACUAGCCACCAGUUGCAGUGGUUGGUUAGCAGGGCAAAAGCUUAAAGCCUCAAGCAGCGGCCAGCAGGAGCGAGCAACUAAAGCAAGUUUGUUUGAACAGGUACAGCUAUAACCACAAGAGUCUUCAAUUCCUAUGUAGCCCUGCAUUGUUCGUGCAUGCUUGGUCAACCAUGGAUAACCCAGACCUCAAAAGGAAAGCUGCUCUUGGUUACUCAAAAUAUUAGCUAUCUCAUAAUUAAGGAGCAGGGAGGGGGCACCCAUUCCUCACUGAACCACCAACCACCAGUGGCGGAUCUAGGAUGCAAAAUUAGGGGGGGGGGGGGCUCAUUUUCCUCUUCUUCCUCCUCCUCUCUCUGUCUUCUUCUUCCUCCUCCUUUUCUUCUUCCCCUUCUUUAUCCAUGGUUGAAAGUUGUUGGGGGCCCCCCACGGGAUCCGCCCCUGCUGACCACACCACAGGGCGGCAGCAAGAUUACUGAACUGAGCCUCCUCCUCUCGCAGGUCGCAGAGCAGCCAGCCUCCUCCCCUCUCGCAGCGCAACUAGCCCCGGAGCCCCCCACCAUCUCUUCUCCUCGAGUCAACAACAAAGCACCGGACUUCCACCACUCAUUCCCAUCGCAGAUCAAAGGGCCCUACCUCAAGUACAGAUGGGAUAGGAAAUAAAAUCUUUUCAUCAUUUGAGGACCUGGGGUAUCUCCGUUGAUCUGAUCCACUGCACCAAAGUGCUGACGAAAACAUUCGUGAACUGAAUCGACAGCUACAAGAUCUGUUGGUCCAAAGAUUAAGUAUGGAUUGUUAGGGAGCGUGAGGGAUUGCUGGAUGGAGUAUUUUGUUGCGUAGCCACCUGGGCAGCAUGAUGGCCUGCAGUUUGGACUGUAAAUUAUUUUCUAGUCCUACUGGUUUCAGAUGUAGCUCCACGAAUUACCAACUGCAUAAUCCCAUAAAAUUUCUUGUGUUAGAUUUCAGACUUCCGAUGGCUAACCACUUCAAACUGUCCAAAUAUUUUCCAUCAGGUGUUUGUCCGUCCACUUCCUUCAGGUUGUCUGCACCUCUCCAUUGAUAGCAUUUCUUGAGACCUUUAUCCAGUGCUAUUUACCAAUUACAGCUAGCUUUUUGGUUCUGAUUUACUUGUCUAAAGCCUGAGCACUUGCCAUAGUAUCAUAGGUAAGACACUGGCCACCCAAAGCCAUAGUAUCCUGCUCAUAUUCUGUGCAGACCUUGCAAAGAAAUCCUCAGCUUCUCAUAUAAUUUAAAUAAGUAUUUUGUGAAGUCCUAACAAAAUUAUCAUAAUGUGAAAGUAUUAGCAGACAAGUAGAUAUCUUAGUAUAUUUUUUAUUAUCAUUACCGUAAAUUUAUUCACGCUUGAUGGACAAUAUUUCAGUUAAUGUGUUUACCAAAGAGAAUCAAUUUAUUGGCUGCUGAUCUAUGCUAUGCACUAGUUCUUCCUGUGUCAUUUAUUAUUUCAACAAUGUUUUACUUGGCUGGUGAUAUAUGAUUUGCAGCCUCUCUUUUUUUUCUUUUUGCUUGUGGAUGUUGGAUAUAGGCAUGUACAUAGAUGGACAAUAAUCAUCAUGAAUUCCUUUAUUACUGUAUGUGGAGGCAAAAGGCCCUAGCUGUUCUUGUUCUACUGUUGGUCUUCUGGUGGAGGAACCAAAAUGACAAGAGGACUAGAGCCAAACGUGUAAAGUAUGCUCCUCUUAUGCAGAGGGAUAUCUGGCGUAGUAGUGAACUAAUUAGGUUGGUUGACACCUCUGACGGAAUAUGUAUGCGCGAGCUGAGGAUUGCCCGGUCUGUGUUCUACAAGCUUUGUUCUGGGCUUAGGGACAGGGGGCUAUUACUUGAUACAUUUCAUGUUUCAGUGGAGGAGAAAGUGGCUAUGUUUUUGAAGAUUGCUGGGCAAUGUCACACACACUCCUCUGUAGCCAUUGCACAGUGGAGAUCUGGAUGGACAGUUAGUAGGUAUUUUAACGUCGUCUUACGUGCCCUUGUGAAGUUGGCUCCUGAACUAAUUUAUAUUAGAUCAACUUCCACACAUCCUAAGAUCACCAACAGCCCAAACAGAUUUUAUCCAUAUUUUGAGGGAUGUUUAGGGGCACUUGAUGGCACUCACAUCAGGGCAUGUGCGCCUGCUAAAUUUGUGGAUAGGUUUAGGGGGCGCAAGUCGUACCCCACACAAAAUGUCUUAGCAGUUGUCGACUUUGAUCUGCACUUCACUUAUGUCCUAGCUGGGUGGGAGGGGUCUGCUCAUGAUUCUCAUUUUGCAUGAUGCCCUGACUCGUCCAAAUGGGCUCAAAAUCCCAGAAGGGAAAUUCUAUUUGGCUGAUGCUGGGUAUGCCACUAGGCCAGGCAUAGUGCCACCCUAUCGCGGUGUUCGCUAUCACCUAAAAGAGUUUCACGGAGCCCAUGACCCAAAAUGUCCAAAAGAGCUUUUCAAUCAUCGCCAUUCCCAACUUAGGACAACAGUUGAGGGGGCAUUUGGCGCUCUCAAGAAUCGCUUCAAAAUUCUUAGUAACAAGCCAUUCAUACCCCUGAAGUCACAGCCAAAGGUGGUCAUUGCCUGUUGUGCCCUUCAUAAUUGGAUACUGGAUGAUGGAGCUGAUGAGUUCAUAUAUGAUGAGCCAACUUGGUAUGGCCAUCUACCUAGGAGUAGAAAUCGUGUCACCGAUCGAGAGGCUGAUGUACGUGAGUGGGCUACCAAGCGUGAUUCAAUUGCCCAGCAGAUGUGGAAUGAUAGACUUAACAAUAAUGUUACCGUUGAAAAUUAGUGUGUAUUAGCUGCAGCUGCCAUCUUUUGGGUUAGUUUGGACAGUUAAUAUCGUUUCUGUUUGUGUACUUUGGUGGCUGUGUAGCCAUUUGGUCUGUAUACAAUAGCACUGAACUUGUGCUUUGCAAUUUAAUAAUAUGUUUGCUUAGUGGUGUAACUUUCUUCUGUUCAACCACAACAUCGUCUGUUAUAUACUUAAUAUGGUUUGAAACUUAUUGUGAACUUUCAUUUAUAGCAUGGUUAAGAAAAACAAAGUUGGAAGUGCUGAUGUUGUAUAUCGUGAGAAGUACAAAACAUGGACUGAUGACAGCACUGAGUUUAUGCUUCAGUGGUAUGUUGACUACCAAAAGGACAAACCUGCUACCUUUAGGUGGAAGCAACACCACCAUCAUCUGUGUGUAGAAGCUUUGAAUGCCAGAUUUGGAAUAGGAGCUACCAGACAUCAAGCUUAUCGUCAGUUCAGGGCAUUAAAGGAGAAGUGGAACUGGAUAAGCCAAGCUUUGGCCAAGAGUGGCAAUGGUUUUGAUGCAGCGUCUCGCAAGUUCAAUCUACCAUAUUCAGAGAAACCACCUUCCAAGCUUGGGACUUUGAAAUACAACUAUCUUACUCGACCUAUCAAAUUCUUCCAGCUCAUGGAAGAGCUAUUUGGAGAAUCUGGCCAAGCUAAUGGAUCCUUAGCUAUUGACCAAUACACUUCAGAUGCAGAAGAUGAUAGAUCUGAAACAGAGACUGAUGAUUCAUUUACUGUUGAGCAUGGUGAGAAUGAUUCUGACACUAUUGCUCGUAGCAAUUCACCUGAUCUAGCCUUCAGUUCUAGUCUCAAGCAAAAAAACAUGAAAUCGCCUAUGAAGAAGCUUCGAAAGCGCAAAGAAAAACGUGCCAACGCACUAGAGAAUGAUAAAAUUGCAUCAAGUAUUGUCAUGCUGGCCAAUUCUGUUGCAUCCAGUGCCCCUGCACCUGCUGAUCCUUAUGCUAAUCUUUGGAAGCGUAUUGAGGAUAUACCUUUCCUACCACGGGAUAAGGUUGAUAUUGCAACCUUUCUUUCCAAGCCGGAGCAGAUGUACUUGCGCAACUACUUGAAUGCUGCAUCUGAUCAGUCAUUUGGAUCCUGGGUAACUGAUUACUUAGGUGCCAAGUAUGGUGCUAGUGGUGGGUAUGCAUGUGAAUAUGGUAGCUCUAAGUGAAUAUGGAUGCUGCAGCUUUUGGUAUUUUGGACGUGCUGUAGGUGGACGUCAUAUCGAUGCACUUGCUUAUGCUAUUUUGGAAGUGUUGUCGGUUGACAGGAGCAUGUUUCUGUAACUUGUGCGACGUAGAACUACUGUAGGUGGUCAGGAAAGAUGUACUCCUCCAGCAUAAUAUUAUUUUGUGUUGAUCAAGGUGGCUGGACUUCAUGAACUCAUUUGUAUAAUAUGUAAAUAUAUCAUCAGUAGGCCCGAACAGUUGUUAUGUAAAUGACAUGUUCUAAUAUUAUAUGAUAGCAUGAAUCAUGGACA